AACAGGGAACACUAUCAUCUGACAGCUGGAGCCUCCAGGGUCAGUUCAACCCCCCCACUGACCAGGAUGCUGCAGCUGUGUAAAGUCACCAAAGCUCUGUUCAUCAGCGAUGCUCGUUCUGCCUGCAGUGAGGAGCUCCUCCAGCAGGAGGCGGUGACGCUCUGCAUCAACGUGUCCAAGCAGCAGCCCUUUCCCUCCACUGGCGUCACCAAGCUGCAGGUACCUGUGUACGAUGACCCCAACGAGGACCUGUUAAGCUACUUCGACCGAUGUGCAGACGCCAUCCAGAAGGAGGCGGACCGCGGAGGACGCAGCGUCGUCUACUGCAAGAACGGACGCAGCCGCUCGGCCACCAUCUGCAUCGCCUACCUGAUGAAGCACCGCCGGCUGAACCUCACACAGGCCUUACAGAAGGUGAAGACGGCUCGGCACGUGAUCGAUCCGAACCCCGGCUUCAUGUCUCAGCUGCAGAGAUACGAACAUGAUCUGCGUAAAAGACGAGGAGAAUCCUGAUCCUCCGCUGAAGACCCUGGACCCGCUCUGAAGGUCAACGGCUUCCUCUCUGUCCACCGCUGCAGCUCCAUCUGAGCUCCAUCACUUCUGACUGUGAAUAUUUAAACUUAAUCAACCAUAGAUUCUAGAUUCAAAAUGAACUUUAGCUAUUGAUGUGAACAGCAAAAUUGUAGAUCAUUGAAGUCAUCGUUUGUCCAUAAUGAAACAUUAUAUUACAGAUCCUGUACUGUACAUAGUUUAGAUAUUUAGUAACAGGGAAAUUAACAACUUUAACUUAAUAUAACCGUAAUUGUUAUUGGCAUAUUUAUAGAGUAAAAUAAAAAAUUUGACCAAAAGGUAGUAUAGAUAUAAACUGCACAACGAUGCUAAUACUGAAGUAUACAAUGCACAGUGAUGCGAUGCAAAUCAAUAUGCAAAAACAUUAACUAUUUUCUGACAUUUCAUUAAUUAAACAAAUAAUUGAUUAGUUGCGUGCAUGGAAGUCGCCUGGAAACAGGAAGCACUGUGAUCAGUGUGAGCUCAUCUCUCCACCAGCUUGAUCCAGAUGUCUAUUUGGAUCAAAUCACAAAUACGUGAACAGUAUGUAGUUUUAAAAGUAAAUAAUAAUUCAGUUUACCACACAUGUAGGUGAUUAAUACUGUAACCAGCCAUCAAAUGUCUGAACCUAUACUGUACAUUAAUAAAACAAAGAUAGACUAGAUAGAUAGAAAGUGUAGAUGUAGCAAACAGUGAAAUAUCGCAGUGUAUCAUCAGGGCUGGUUCCGAUAUAUUCAGAUGAAGAUAUUACUCAUUGAUUCUGAAGCCGGUUGAUCAUAAACUGUUAAAGCUACUGUUCUUAUUGUGCUUACACUGUGAAUAACGAUGAUUAAUUUCAAGUUUGGAACCGACUAGAUGAUUAUUUUUAGUGAUGGGAUGUAAACAUGGGAGGACUCAGUGUUUGUGUGUUUGUAAAUCUCAGGUGUGUCAUUGAUGGAUCUGUCUUCUGAUUUUGAUUGGUUUUCCUUUUUUUCCCACUACAAAUAUUUUUUCUUUCCAGUUUUGGUUUUGAAAAAUAAAAAAAAUAUAUUUUUCUCUUCUUUUAUUUGUUUUCAAAUCACAAAUUAUAUCAGGGAUUAUCUGACGGUACAGGGACUGUGCUCAGUGAUGCUGUGGUUCAGAACUGAAUUAAAAAAUAUAAUGAUUGUAACAAAGCAGACCUCGAAAUGUGUCUUCUCAUGAGUCUGUGGAGAUAAACACAGAUCUGUUGUCUUCAGUGAGCUUCCUGUCUGUAACACAAAGGUCUCCUGAACCUGCUCUGAUCCCUUUAAGACUCUGCUGAAGAACAAAUGUGUGCAAAUGAAAUAAAACUCUGCUCCCUCAGGAACCAGCUCUGUGAUUCUGACUGAUUCAAACAAAUAA